AUGUCUUCUGCCGAACAGCCUCGUACCAUUAUCAAGACUCGUGGGCAUCGAAGGCGCAGGGUGGUUGAUGCUCUCAUCAAGUUACACCGAGUCAACGAUGCUCCCUCUUCGCCAAAGGACUCACCUCCUCUUCGCAUAGUCUGCAUUUCUGAUACACACAACAAACAUCCGGUAGUGCCGCUGGGAGAUAUCCUGAUCCACGCCGGCGAUCUGACAGAGAGCGGAUCGUUUGAGGAAAUGCAGAAUGGGUUAACGUGGCUUUCGUCACAGCCUCAUGCACACAAAAUCCUAGUUGCUGGGAAUCAUGAUGUCUUGUUUGAUGACGAGUUUCUUGCGAAAUAUCCCGAACGGCGUUACGGGCAGAGCAAGACUAAGAAAGACCUUGACUGGGGAAGUGUAGUUUAUCUUCAAGACACGAUCCUUACUUUCGAGAUCCCCGCAAGCAAGCAAAGCCAACACGCGUGCACAAGGAGUCUCACGAUUUUUGGUAGCCCAUGGACGCCACGGUACGGAAUCUCGGCUUUCCAAUACCAUCCGAACAAUUCAAGUCACUGGAAAGAAAUUUUUGCCUCCAUUGAUAGAAUCCCACAAAUCAUUGUUACCCAUGGCCCGCCGCACCUUUACCUCGAUAGACGUGAUUUCCAUCGUGCUGGGUGUACAUACCUAGCCGAGGAAGUGUACCGCAUUCGACCUCGUCUCCACGUAUUCGGUCAUAUCCAUGCGUCGUACGGACGUCAGGACGUGCUGCUAGAUAACGCAGAAGGCCAAUGA